AUGGUCGUUCAAAAAGAAAAGCCAACAGUUGGUAUAGUUAUUGCAGCUGCUGGUCGAGGUACGCGUGCAGGCCAAGGUUGUCAAAAAGCAUAUCGCCGACUCAAAGGUGAUACUGUUAUAAACCGCGUCCUCAAACUCUUUCGAGCUUGGAAUACACAAUAUCCAAUUGUUGUCGUUCAUCACAUUGAUGACAGCUCUCUAGUAGAUGCCUGCAUAGAUCGUGACGAUAGCAUUUAUACUACGACUGGAGGAGCUGAACGACAAGAAUCUGUUCUUUCAGGUCUCCGCUUUCUUUCUACUUUGGAGAGCCCUCCUUCGCACGUUUUCAUCCAUGACGCCGCUCGACCUUUUGCCCCACCCAGUCUCCUGGACAGGAUUAUGGAUUCAAUCGUGAAAGACCCAUCUGUGGGUGUCAUUCCAGCGAUUCCCGUUUCUGACACACUAAAGAGGGUCGAUUCAAAUGGCCUUAUUACGGAAACAGUAUCGCGAGAGUCUCUUUUUCGUGCACAAACACCGCAGGCAUUUGAAUUAGUAACUAUUCUUGAUGUUCAUGAACGUGUUGCUGCUUCAUCGUCGUCUACAAAUUACACCGAUGACGCUUCCCUUUGUGAAGAAGCCGGCUUCCCUGUACGGAUUGUUCUUGGGGAUUCCCAAAACAUUAAGCUCACCUAUAGUGUGGACUUUGAAGAAGCCGAGCAACGGCUACGGUCCAACAGCCUAGCUAGAAGCACUGUGCCAGACGUUCGAGUGGGUCACGGCUACGACACUCAUCGAUUGGUACCAGGAGUGGAGAUCAUCCUAUGUGGCGUGAAAAUACCCCAUAAAUCUUCACUACUCGGUCACUCCGAUGCAGAUGUGGGAUUCCACGCUCUGACAAAUGCGUUCCUGGGCACCAUUGGGGCCGAAGACAUUGGCAGCCACUUUUCGCCAAAUGACCCUCGAUGGAAGGGGGCUUCGUCAGACAUGUUUCUUCAGCAUGCUGCCAAUCUUGUAGCCCAGGCUGGGGCCACCAUUACCCAUUGUGAUGUCAGCUUUAUUUGUGAAGCACCACGGAUCAGCAUUCACCGGGAUGCGAUGCGCGACUCUGUUUCCCGAAUUAUCGGAUUAGACCGGAGUCGCGUUUCUGUAAAAGCGGGAACAAACGAGAGGAAUGGAUUUGUGGGACGUGAAGAGGGCAUUCUGGCCAUUGCUACAGUCACCGCUGUUUUUCCUUAG